AUGUUACGUCUUGAAACCUAUUCUUCUCUUCUUUUGAGGAACAAGAUAGAAUCAUUUCUGGAUAGAAUCGUGAUUUGUGAUGAAAAAUGGAUUCUUUACUACAACAGAAAACGAACUGGUCAGUGGUUGGACAAAAAUGAAGACCCAAAACAGUUUCCAAAACCACAGUUAACGGUAAAAAAAUUAUUGGUUACUGUUUGGUGGUCUUCUAAGAAACUUCUUUAUUACGAAUUUAUGAAACCUGGUGAAUCUAUCAAUUUUGAAGUCUGCUGUCAAUUAUUGGAUAAAAUUCAUCAAAAAUUGUCCCAAAAAUGA